AGUUUGGAGUCUACACCGAACGAGAGUUUAUUAUACCACUCUGAUGAGACGUAAUAACGUCGAAACUAGUCAUUGUUACAACUCUCUCCUUGCAGGUGCUAACCAUUAAAGAUGUUAUCGACAAAACAAAAAGGUUGUUGGACAUCACGUUCUUCAUAUGGAAUGUAAUUGAAUAUGAAUCAAUAUUAUUAUCAACGUCAAUUUUGAAUUCUAUUCUACAUUUACAACUACAACCAAGCCAAUAUAUUUGUAUAUCACGCUACCCACAUCGAAAUUUCCCCUACGCCUGUGCUGGCGUCGUUGUUGACGUCCUAGUCGUCUCGGCGCAGUCGUCCUACGAUCGCAGUUGUUAAGUGUCUGUGUAUGUACAUUCUUAACAAAAAUUAUCUAAGCAAUUACGUAGUACAUUGUUAUUUAAAAAAUCAAAACGAUAUAAUGUGUGACUCGAAUUGCUUCAAGAUUAUGUGAAGAAGAACACAAAAAUGGAUGGGUUUUUACGAGUAGAUAACGCUAAUCUUCCAUCAUCACCAACAAAUUCUUUUUUAGCUGAUGAAGUUGCUUCGAUAUGUCCGCUGAUAACCCCCUCACCACCAACAAAUGAUCUAAUUCAUCCUCUACCGGAGUUGGAAUCGAACUUCUCCAUCGGACUUGAAUUGGCAAAUAAAUUACAUAAAGUUAAAGGAGAUGGCGCUUCAGACGAAGAUAAAGUGGAGUCGGCGUCCUCCAGUUCUUCAGCUUUGGCAGAAUCGCAGCUACUUAAUCACAGAAAUAUUUAUCAUGUUCAUGAUGACAAAGAUGAAGAAAAAGAGGAACGGGAAGAUCUAGGGAAAAGUCAGACAUUACAAUUGACUUUUCGAAAUCCGCCAGAUAAUUAUUUUUUCAUGUCAUGGAACUGGCCUCUAAUUAGGAAAAUAUCAACGUGGAUAUUUCUUUCAGGUCUUGUAGCUAUGGUGGCAUUGGUAAUAGCUAUGAUAUCAACAUUACCAAAGACUUGUAAUCCUCCCACAUUUUGGUAUCAGGGAAAUUUGUUAUAUGAAAUAUUUCCUGCUAGCUUCUAUGGUGGUAAGAAAAAUAUGGAAGGUGAUUUCAAGGGCAUAGCCCUAAAAGCCGAUUAUUUAACAUAUCUUGGUGUCAGAGGUGUAAGGCUCAAUUCUAUAUUCAAUAAUCCUAACUAUCCCGAUGAUUUUGACAAUGUUACAAGUCUUAUCGAUAUAGCACCUGUUCUUGGAAAUCUUAGCGAAUUUAAUAUUAUGGUUAAGCUACUGAAAGCAAAAAAUAUUUCCGUUAUUCUUGAUUUACCACUCUAUCCUUAUAUAAAAAGAUUAAUUCAUAAGCCACCAAAAUCGAGAAAAAAUGAAACCUUCUCUGGAUCAACAAUAGAGUUUUUAAGAAAAGAGAGGAGUGAAGAUUUAGAUGUAAUUGAAGAUGCUAUUUUGCACUGGAUAACCAAUGGUGUUGAGGGAUUUUAUUUAAAAGGACUAGAAAAAUUACAGGAUGAUCCAAAUUUGGUUGAAUCAAUUCAACGUUGGAAACAAAUUCUUGGAGAAGACAGGGUCCUAAUAGUUAAUAACAAUUUUAUAUCGUCUAUGAAAGCACCUCAAUUGAAUUUCAUUCUAAACAACGUGGAUUUGGUGGAUAUUAAAUUAGAUUUAUCAGAUGGCGCAAACUCUGUUAACAAGCAGAUCAGGUCCAUACAAAACGGUACAUUAUUUUCUAAAGCCAGUAUGCCUUGGAUACAAUGGUCUCUUGCAGACGUAUAUUCGUCUCGAAUAUCGAAUUCACUUCCAUACGGCAAUGGCACUUUGGGAGCCACUCUUUUGCAAUUGAUGUUACCUGGUACGCCAUCUAUCUUUUACGGAGACGAAAUAGGAUUGCAAGAUAUUUCAGAUCCAAAUGGAGAAAGACAAGAUAUCAAGCACCUUCAUCAAUUGACGAUGAUGCCUUGGCAAAAUGAAAAGCUUACAGUUAUUCCUUGGAUUCAUGGUGAUGAUCAAGUAAUUGGGAGGUAUGACCAAACAAAACUUAUCAAUAAAACAAUGAACGUUCGAAUGAAAUCUCCCUCAAUAUAUAUGAAUUCGAUAAAGAAAGAAGAUGCAAAUAAGGCAAACAUCGAAAUUAAGUAUUCAAAAGAUAAUUUAUUAGUUCUACAGAGAUGGUAUCCCAGAAGAAAAGCUUACGUCUUAGUGUCAAAUUUGGGAGAUAAGAAAUUAUCAACUGAUCUUUCUACUCUAUUAUACAGUGGUGAAAUUGUUGUUGGACCUCGUACUGAUUCUAAACUAGGUUCUAUCGUAUUCACAAAUGUAUCGUUGUGGCCUGGAGAAUCGGUAAUAGCUGAACUUUAUUGAUUAUUUAUUUGCAUUUUUUAUAUAUUUAAUAAAGCUGUAUAAAUAUUUUUCAUUUUGUUGUUUUUCAACUGAUUCCAGAAUAUAAUGCGAGAUUGAAUAAAAUUAUUAUAAAUUGACUUUUUGUCAGUCAUAAUACAUCAUCAUUGCACAUUUCUCAUAAAUGGUUACUAAUCAUUUUGAUGUAGUACACUGAGGUUUUUUUUAUUAAUUUGCGUAUAUAAUGAUUUUAUUUCAUAUUAUGAUUUUGGACUAAAAGAAACAACGAUUUAAAUUUCAAAUUUUUUAUUUAUUACAUUAUUUUUAAAAUGAUGGCAGCACCAUACACUUGAAAGCAUUCCUCGUAAUUUGGAAUCGGUAAAAUAAAUAAACAAAAUAUUGAACAAUAUUAAAAA